AUGGCGUCGGCACUGCCCGCGAGGGCCCUUGGAGCCGCAGGUAGCCCGAGGAGAGAAUGUCCCGCGGCAGCCGCAAGACGGCGCCCCGGGGCGCCUGGCCACUCGUCGCAGCACGGACUGGUUCGUGCUGAAGCCAUUCUAGGCCCGCGCACGACCGCGGCGAGUCCCGCGUCGGACCUGCGGCUCGGCCCGAGCACGGAGACCAACGAAAACGACCCCGUAGGGCCGUUCUGCGUGCUCGUUUCGACGGCGUCGGGCCCGCGCAUCGGUCACGCGCUCGUGAAGCGCUUCAAGAAGAUCGUCCACCGCAGCGGCAGGGUCGUGGACCUCCCGCGGCAGGACCCCGGGCCUGUGUUGAGGGAGAUGCGCGACGUCCCGAAUCUGCGCAUCUUGGUGGUCGGCGGCGACGGGACGGUAGGGUGGGUGUUGGACGAGUGCGAAAAGAUUGCACACGAGGGCGACGGCUGGGGCCGGGCAGCCGCGCCGGGCUUCCACGUGCCGCCCGUGGCGAUGCUGCCGCUGGGCACCGGGAACGACCUCGCGCGGGCCCUGGGGUGGGGCGGCAGCACGCUGAGCUUCAUGGAGGGCUCGUUGACCAAGGUGGUCAAGGACGCGCGGAGGGCGCGCGUGGUGUCGUUCGACCGCUGGGACAUGAGCGCGCACCCCGCGCCGCAGGACGCCACCCCGCCGAUGUACUUCACGAACUACCUGGGGCUCGGCAUCGACGCGCACUGCGCGCUGGGCUUCUCCUGGCUGCGCUCGCACUCGCCCAUCAAGUCCAUCUUCAAGAGCCGCGCCAUCAACCGCCUCGCGUACGGCCUGGUGGGCGCCGCGGACCACUUCUCCCUCGCGCGCAGCUGCGGCGACCUUCCGUCGGUGGUCACGCUCGAGGUGGACGGCCGUGUGGUGGACAUCCCGGAGGAGGCGGAAGGGAUCAUCGUGCUCAACAUCGACUCGCACGCGGGGGGCGUCGACAUGUGGGACUUGGGCGAGGAGACGCCGGGAAGCGGACCGUUCACGGAGCCCGCGUUCGACGACAGGCGGUUCGAGAUCGUUGCCGUGUUUGGUGCAGCGCAGCUGGGGCUCCUGAGCUUCUCCCUGUCGCGCACUGCCAGGGUCGCCCAGGGCCGGCACCUGCGCGUGCGAUUCGACCGCCCGUUCCCGGUCCAGGCGGACGGCGAGGCGUGGGAGCAGCCUGCCGGCGUCAUCGAGGUCACGUCGGCGCCGUACCAAGUGCCGCUGCUGACGCGGCCGGAACCCCUCCUCGGCGACUUCGAGAGCUCGCCGCACAUCCUAUCAUGA